AGCCAAGCGGACUGAAUGGAUAACACAUUUGAGUGCCACACCACCACCUUACCAACCAAAUGUUGAGAGGAGACGAUGACAAACCAUAUUGGUCGUCCAUGCAACUCGUAUUUCAGGAGGUGACUACGGAGAAGCUAAAAAUUCCUGUCUUUUAUGUAUUUGACGCGCUGUGCCUACAGCAUCUACGAAGGAGAAGGACCAGAGAGACAUAGGUCUGCGAAAACAGGGAUGCGAGGAUUUACCUUGAGAUAAUUAUAGCAUAUCAGUCAUUUCCCCCUCCUUGUCAGCAUGGGGUAUGUGUUCAUUAGUGGGUAGAAUAUUCAGAUAUGACGUUUUUAAAGUCCACGUUUAGUCAUGGAGUGUUUGCUAACCUGACAGCUUCGCCUCCUCGCUGUGUGUCGGUGAGUCUGGGUGGUUGAGCCGCCGCUGUUGGAGCAAGGGCCUCUGCUGACAAACUGCGUCACCGGGUGGGCGCUGCAGGUAUUCAUCUGUAAAUCUGCAUUUGCAAAUUGAAGCCAUGGCACGAAGCACCUGGAAACCCAAGUGACUGAACUUAGAUCUCCACGGAGCCAGGCGCAAAUCCCAACUCCGAGGUCCUCCAAGAGCCCAAGUAUUCCUCUGUACCCAGUUCUUUGGCUGUAAAUACGUAUGAGGCCAUGGCUGAUGGAAAUGCCCAUCUUGUGGACUCCGUAGUUAGAGGUGGGAGUGAUCCCAGCACUUCCAUUAAUCUGAAGACUGUGCAUCACAGAUUCAUCAGGAAAAGUCUGUGGUUUUCAGACACAGAUGAGCAGACUUUUGAAGCUCCAGAAAGUGACAACGGGAGUAAAAUCCUAAACAUAAACUUGAGAAGCAUCGUGGACAGGACUCUGGGCACUAGCUGUGGAGUACAGGAGUGUUCCAGUACUGAAAGUCAGUGCGGGCAGAAAGACAGUGCAACAGAGAGCACCAGUGCUGACGAGGACAAGGACAGAGGUGGACAAGCUUUGAAUGUUACCUGCAGCGAUGUUGGUAAAGUCGCCAUCAAGGCAGCCAGUGAGGAGAACGAAGAGGAAGCGGAGAUGAAAGCUGUUUCCACGUCUCCAGGAGGAAGGUUCCUUAAAUUUGACAUCGAACUCGGGAGAGGAUCUUUCAAAACGGUCUACAAAGGCCUGGACACGGAGACCUGGGUGGAAGUGGCCUGGUGCGAACUGCAGGACCGUAAGCUAUCAAAAGUGGAACGUCAGCGUUUUAAGGAGGAAGCGGAGAUGUUAAAGGGCCUUCAGCAUCCCAACAUUGUUCGUUUUUACGACUUCUGGGAGUCUCCUCUAAAAGGAAAGAAGUGCAUUGUUUUAGUAACCGAGCUCAUGACUUCAGGAACGCUAAAAACCUACCUGAAGCGUUUCAAGGUGAUGAAACCCAAGGUGCUGAGGAGCUGGUGCCGACAGAUCCUGAAAGGCCUCCACUUUCUUCACACCAGAACGCCUCCCAUCAUCCACAGAGACCUCAAAUGUGACAACAUUUUUAUUACUGGACCCACAGGGUCGGUUAAGAUUGGUGAUUUAGGACUGGCAACGCUUAAGGCUGCCUCUUUUGCAAAGAGUGUCAUCGGUACUCCAGAGUUCAUGGCUCCAGAGAUGUAUGAGGAACACUACGAUGAAGCCGUGGAUGUCUAUGCCUUUGGCAUGUGCAUGCUAGAGAUGGCCACAUCAGAGUACCCCUACUCUGAGUGUCAAAAUGCAGCUCAGAUUUACCGCAAAGUCACAAGUGGAGUGAAGCCAGCCAGCUACAACAAGGUCAUGGAUCCUGAAAUCAAGGAGAUAAUUGGAGAGUGUAUAUGCCAAAAGAAAGAGGACCGGUACACCAUCAAAGACCUAUUGAACCAUGCUUUCUUUGCUGAAGACACAGGUGUGAGGGUGGAGCUAGCAGAGGAUGAUGAUGGGAAAAAGACCUCCAUAGCACUCAAACUGUGGGUGGAGGACCACAAGAAGUUAAAAGGGAAGUACAAGGAAAGUGGAGCCAUUGAGUUCACGUUUGAUUUGGAGAAGGAGGUCCCUGAGGUUGUAGCACAAGAAAUGGUGGAGUCUGGCUUCUUCCAUGAGAGUGACGCUAAGACUGUUGGGAAAUCCAUCAAAGACCGUGUGGCACUGAUCAAAUGGAGACGAGGGAGAAUGGCAUCUGUUGCAGUUCCGGCAGAACAAAGUGAUGCAGGACACAGGGCCAGUGUAGCUCCCCCUGAGGUAGUCAGUGCCGGGGGGCCACAUGUGGGACAGCCUCUUAUGCUUGAACCACAGGAGCCAGACGCAGAUCAACACUGCCGACUGCAUAACCUGCCAACAAGCACCACCUCAGUUACAUCAGACCGCACACUCGACAGUGGUUUGGGAUCGACUGUGUACUCAGACUCCCACAGCAGUCAGCAGAGUGUCCUCUACCAGUCCCUGUUGGAGCCUAUUACUAUGGCAACACAGCAGUGCCAGAGCGGUAGCCCUUUUCUGACAGAUCGACCUCACUCCUUUGAGAAUGGCGAAGUGUGGCAGGCACCGCUGAGUCCUGAGCUCAGGUCUCGAUUGGGGACUGCAGGACGAAGGGGAAGUGCUCCUGUUAUUGACACUCAAAGGGCAAACCAAAUCAGUGAACUCCAUGCUUUCAUUCAGUCUCAGAGAUCAAUCAGUCCCACCGUCAUGGUACCAGAGAACCGUUUGGACUACAGCCACAGACAAACGCAGCUUCAGCCCAUCUCACACACUGAGGAUGGUCUUCUUUCUCCGGGUGUUCUGCCAGUGCCGCAAGUCUCUCCCGUUUCUUCACCUUCUGAGUUACGUCGUCUUAGCGAUACUGGUCUUAGAUCACUAACAGAGGCCACCAGUGAGAACUUAAGCAUUUCUGUGCCAAAUGCUCGCAGACACUCUGACCUUAGCAGUCUUUUGAGUCUAACAUCUAAUCAAAAACAUCUUUAUGGAUUUCACAGAAGCCCCACAUGCCAGGCCUGCCUCUCUUUGCUUCUGUUAAGGUCACAUGAUUGCAUCCAUCGCUCUUCUGCUGUCUCACCAACAUAUCUCUGUCCGUGUGCCUCUCGCCUCCAUCCAUUGUUGGGUGGAAAAAUGACCACCAGUGGUCAUGGUCAACCAAGAAGUCCAAGCGAUUAUUCAAAUUUGUCAAUGCUACAGCAGUCCCUGUUUAAUAUAACUGGCCGCAGAUCAGCUUCCUGUCACACCACAGCCUUGCCGCUUCACUCCUCAGCUACUUCAAGACCACUGAGCUGCGAUGGGGACUGUAGCCAAAAGAGCAAUGUAAAGUCUCCCGAGUCCCUCCAUGGGGGUGGGGACAGACUCUGUUCCAGAGAUCAGCAAGCUACCACAGCUACAGGAGUGGCCAGUUCUGCUGGUCAGCAGAAUCAGCCGUGUGUCCAGGGCCUGCCCUCAUCCGGCGUAGCUGUUCACACACCACAGCAGUAUCUUCAGCCCGGGCAAAGCUACCCAGCUGCUCUAUACGCCGGUCAGCCAAGUGUUUCAACACCAGCUUCAGCCAGCCUAUGCUCAGUAAACAGUCAGCAACAAAACCCAGCUGCAGUGAGCUUCACAGCGUCGGCUGUGCCGCUUGCUGCACAAAGCUACCAAGCAGCAGUGCACCAACAGCAGCAGGCAACUGUAGCCGGCUCUGUGACUUUUCCUUUACCAGAACAGCAGGUUUCCCAUAAUGCUGUAGCCUCAGUUCAACAACAAGCUCAGGCUGCAACGGGUUAUCCUGCAUCAGUUCAGCAUCAGACUGUCCCAACCACCCUGCCAAAACAGCAGCCAGUACUUAGCUGUCCUGCUGAAUCAGCUCCUUCAGCCACGGCAGCAACAGUUCAGUGUCAGCCUGCGCAUGGUCCCAGCACUGGUCAGCAGGCCCACGUUUCAACUCUACAGUCCAGUCAGCAGCCUGGUCACAGUUCCUCCACACCAGCACUUUACAGUCAGCAGGCAUCCAUUCAUCAAAGUACUGAAUCAAGCAUUCAACAGGCACUGAAUUGUGGGCAGGUUUAUAAUCAGCAUAACCAAGAAUCUGUGCACACCAUCGACUAUAAAACGGCACAACCGCAUGUCCUGUCAGCUCAGAGCCUCUUGGAUUCUGCGUCUCCUCAGCACAAUCACAAGAUCGUGACGUCUACACUUCCCGAACAAAACCAGAAUGCAUCCCAUCCCGCAGGAGUCCCGGCUGUGCAGGUUGCUUCAGAGCAUCUGGGUUACUUUGCACCAGGUUUAUCUGAUGCUGCCUCUCAGAGCUAUGCACAUUCAGCCAUUCAGCAGACUGCACCAUGUCUAAGCCAGUACCCAUCAACACAAUGUUUCAGUGCUUCACUUGGCUAUGGAGGAGCUAACCAAGUUGUAACUCCUCAGAACCUUCCAGUGUCUUCUCAGCAAAGCCACACUGCUAAUGUCAGCCAACAGAUUGUUUCUACUGGUCAGAGCAUCUCACAAAUCGGACAAGAUGGACAAGGCCAUGGACUGAUCGCGUGCCAGUCUGCUUUUAGUGCAUCAAAUCAGGCACUUCAGACUACUGUCCACCAAGAACUCCAGCCUCUGCAGGUUUCAGCCUCACUUCCACCCCCACAGCCAUCCCUGUUUUCCUCACAGUAUCCAACAGUCCAGGUGAUGACAGCUGUGACUGACUGUGAAUCCUCCUGUCCUCCCUUCUGCACUGCUCCUCACCUAUCUGUACCCUCCUCCUUUUCUCAUACCUACCUUUCUCCUGGAUACACCAUUUCUGUAACCCCCUCUGUCUCUCCUGUGUCUCCUCUGCACAUUGAGAACACAUUAGUUUCACCCAUCCCAGUGUCCCUCAUUCCUUCCCCUUCCUCCAUGCUGGGGAUGGUGGGACCCACAUCCCCACAACACAUUGCUACUAGAUCUGAAGCCUCUCAUACACAAUCUUCACUUCUCUCAGCGCUAACUACCCACCCCACACACACAAAUGUUACUUCGUGCCAGAACACACACCUUCUUGCAAAUGGCAGCUCUCAGCCUCUCAUACAGGUUCCUCAGACCGCUUCGGUCAGCCAUCCUGAGCCGGUCCUCACUGCUCAUCCUGUCCAAUCUGCUCAGCUCUCACAACCUGCAGUUCUCCCUCCACCUGUGCAGAAUGAGACAGACCUGCACACAGCUACUGCUGCUACCCAGCUGGACAACAUAAAUCCGUGCCAGCUGCCCCCACAGAACCAAAGCCAGAGUCGGGUGCAUAGCCAAAUUCCUGUGCCGCAGUCUUCUGACUCACAGAGAGCUUCUUCUAAGUUUGAUGCUUCGAGUUUUCCUCAGAAAACGCUCAAUGCAGGAGCUACAGGCCAAGGUUCAGCAGAAAUCAACCUGGAGGAUACAGUUGCAGAAAAGCACAGCGCAGGACAGAGCUGUGACAGUGUCAACUCCGAUGCCAUGUCAGGAAGAGAGAUGAGUGAUGGUUGUGAAGGGACACAUGGAAGCAAAGGGGAUGGGAAGGUCCGCAAACACCGCAAAACCACACGCACCCGUUCCCGCCAGGAAAAACUCAACAGACCAAAGCUCAGCAUGCUGAAUGUGUGUAACACAGGGGACAAGAUGGUGGAGUGUCAGCUCGAGACUCACAACCAUAAAAUGGUAACGUUUAAGUUUGACCUGGAUGGAGAUGCACCAGAAGAAAUUGCAACUUACAUGGUGGAAAAUGAUUUCAUUCUGCCUCUGGAAAAAGAGGCCUUCAUUGAACAACUGAAAGACAUUGUGGACAAGGCUGAAGACAUGCUGAGUGAGGGCCCAGAGGGUGAGAGGACCUCUGACCAGGGAUGCAACCUUAAACCGACUGAAGGAACUGGUGCAGUGGGAGCAGAGACUUCAGAACCAAGCACCCCACAGCUGGUCUAUCAACAAAAUGUCCUUCACACUGGCAAGCGCUGGUUUAUCAUCUGCCCGGUCGAUGAAACACCCAUGCAGAGCAAAAAAAAUACUUCAGCACACGCCUCUACAGCUCAGGAGUGUGAAAAGUCUGGCUCGUUUUCAGCAGUGUCCAACAGCAACACAGCUGCAGGAAUGCCACCAGUCACAUCUUUACCUUCCCAAAGCCCCCCCUCCGUCUCAGUGGAACCUGCCGUUCAGCAGACCCAGCCUGCUAUGUCUAAACAUACUCGUACAGCUGGGAACGUCGGAUAUAACUCCCUUCCUGUUGACGAACCCUGCAUCACUGCUGUGUCUAUGGUAGCAGAUAUGCCGUGCUGUGCCAUUGUGCCACCUGUUUCUCUGGAUGUUAAUGCCAUUGAUAAAGGAGCAAUGGCUGGUGCAGUGACCUCAUCCCAAACCAGUCAGCCAAAUAAGAAGGCUAGCUCCACUGAAGAUCUACCUCCUCAGCUGGCCCGCAAACAGUCUGUGGUCCUGCAGCAGCCCUAUGCCACACCCAUGCAGCCUGGGACGGUGACCUCCCAGCCUCAGAGUCCCGCUCAUCAAAACCCGCAGUCGUCGAGCCAGCAACAGUGUGGAGGGCAAGGCGAGUCGGACAGCGAGGGGCCCCGUAAGGUGGAGUUUGUGGACCGUACCAUUAAGACUUUGGAUGAGAAGCUCAGGAACUUGUUGUACCAGGAGCCUCCCCCCUCCCAACCCUCUGGUACCUCGUCUGAACCUCAAACCUCCAGCACUGAAAGACUGAGCUCUCCUCCAGUCUCAGAUGGCCACAGUGCAGAGGGACCACUCACGAAGAAAAAGAUGGAGCCACUGCCCCAGAUUCCUGAGCGAACAGAUGGUGUGGGUGCAUUAAGUGACUCGGCAGUGGCAGCCUCCAGCAGGACAAAACAGAGCAUAGAAGAUGAGACAACCAACUCCAGUUCAUGCAGCUCCAAAAGUCGUUUUCAAAUCAUCCCCGCCCCACCAGAUGUCGUUUGCUGCUCUGAGAAGACGAGCUGCAGCACGUGCAGUUCCGCUGCUCCCUCUAGUGGUUCAGGAGGGUCCCACAUCCAGAACAGGAAGGAGAGCAGCUGUGUGGCCGUAAGCAGGUCUGGGACAGCCGACGGUGAAAAGCCAGCAACAUCUAAACCUAGUCGUUAUUCUGCCCCACCAAACUUCUACCAAGCCACUCCCGGCUCCAGCCCCGAUGCCAGCCCGCAUCGCAUCCUUCGAGCCCAAACUAUUGAUUCUUCUACUCAUCACUCGUCUCACCUCUACUCUGACUCGGCUGAUGAAGACAGCAGCAGCAUGGCUCUUCCUCUGGCUAAACCUGUUCCUCCAGCCCACACCCCGUCCGAGCACAGUGGGAGUGACCUCGUCAAGAGGGCAGUGGCCUUCUUGAGACGCUCCGGUCGAAGCAAAAGCGAGCAGAGCUCCGACUCUCCGAGCCGCCUGACAGUGGCGAUGAAUGGUCACACUCCUUCCCCGUCUGCAGGAGACGUCCACUCCUCCUACAUCAGCAGUGACAACGACUCUGAAUUUGAAGAUGCAGAUAUGAAAAAAGAACUGCAGAAACUUAGAGAAAAACAUAUGAAGGAGAUCUCUGAGUUGCAGGCAUUUCAGAGGAGUGAGAUUGAACACCUGUACAAGGAGCUGGGAAAAGCGCUGCCACCCAGCGUUAGCCUGCUGCAUGCUGUCCCCCCAACGGGUCGAAGGCGCAGGACCAGCAAACACAAGCUGAAAGCUGGAAAACUGCUCAAUCCGAUGGUGCAGCAGCUCAGAAAUAACCUUAAUGUCAGCACUGCUGAAAGAAAAGGUGAGAGUGGUGCCAGUUCAUCCAGCUCCCCAGCAAAAAGCUCUCUUCUAUCGGAUGGUUCUGCCCACUCCAGUGGCAGCUCCAGCAGUCAGCCUGUUGCAGCACAAGAGCAGGUCCACACCCAGCAGCCCUGCUCCUUAAAAGGCUCCUUCUCCUCAGACAACAUCUACGCUGGACAACAUGCUGACGGAUCGGCCAACCAGGCUGGUCCUGGCCAAGGCUGGACGGUUUACCACCAAACGUCUGAGAGAGUCACCUAUAAAUCUAGUAGCAAACCACGCACUAGAUUCCUCAGUGGACCUGUGUCUCUGUCCAUCUGGUCCACUCUGAAACGACUAUGUCUAGGCAAAGAGCGCAGUAGUAGGUCCUCUCUCAACACCACCGCAGCACAGACGGCCUCCAGUCAGAUGCAGCCACCUCUCACUGCAGCAGCAGCAGCAUCGUCCCAGCCAUUCACCCGGCUCGCUCAGGUCCAGACCAACAACAGCAACAACAAGAGAGGCAUGUUUACGGAGGAUCUUCACAAACUGGUGGACGACUGGACAAAGGAGACUGUUGCAGCGGCCAGUCAGUCAAGACCCUCCCUGAACCAGAUGAAACCGCAGAGGCACCCGCAAGGCACUGAGAGCAGGCAGCCACUGAGGGGAGCAGUUGCAUGUGAGGUGAAAUGCCAUGUUACCAACAAGUUCCACCUGCCUCUCUCAUGCCCAGCAACUUCAGCUGUGGGCCCAGCAACUGCAGCUGUGGGUCUUGGUGUGCCUGCAGCCCCGGCGCCAGCCUCCUCAGCAGGGAUGCCUCCUGGUUUUCUUGUACCGACGGGCUCCUAUAAUGGAAUGGUUCCCCGUACUCUUUAUCCUCAGCGGUGGCCUGGUGUGACUUGUCCUGUGGGGAUGAUUGGUGCUCCAAGAGUGAUGUCGUAUGCAGCGAUGGCUAACCCAGGGAUCCAACCCUUUCCUUUUGUCAUGAACAACUCCAAAAAUGGCCCCUGUCCAAACACCACGAGGACUACAUGAUCUGAUAACAAAUUCCUGUUUGUGUCUUCAGGCUUGUCCAUCUUGGCUUCGCAAGAGCCCUAUAUGUACAUAGUCUGAUCUUAUAAAGAACAUGCUUAAGUGUUAUUCUUUACACAACGUGUGUGUGUGUGUGUGUGUGUGUGUGUGUGUGUGUGUGUGUGUGUGUGUGUGUGUGUGUGUGUGUGUGUGUGUGUGUGUGUGUGUGUGUGUGUGUGUGUGUGUGUGUGUGAUGUCUGAAUACCUUGUGAUUUUUGGCUUUGUUCCUACAUAAAAUUUGUCAGUGUGUGUCCUAUCUGGUCACUACAGCUAAAUUCACACGGUUGUCAGUUGCUUCUGUUUUAACUUUAGGUUUUAUCUAUUACACUACUUUGGGAUCCAACACUAGUGUUUUCAGAUUAAGGAACAGAAAUUAAUUCAUGAUUAAAAUAUUUGCAGGAGUGCAGUGCCUUGAACAUGGGUUAAUAUGUGUAUUUCCUUCUUUAAAGCAGAACAUUUCUACAUUCAAGUUCUUUUGAAAGUAUGGUUUUUGUUUUUAAUGCCAAUUAAUCAUUUUUGUUUACAUGUAAAUGCCCUUCUAAAACUGCACUAUUACUACAGUAUAUAUACUUUUAUUUACACAACAGAAAUAUGUUUCAACUUGUGUUUACUUUCCACCCCUUUGACCAAUGGAAUGCCAUCUAGAUGAGAUGUUCUGAUGCCUUGCAUAAACAAUUAUUUGGACUGAAACGGUUACUGGAAUGAAUACUUGCCAGCAGCCAAAAACAACUGGUUCCGGUCAAAUGGUUCAGUGGGACAGAGCCUCGUUUUGAUUGGAUGCGCAUGAGCUGGCAGUGUUAUAGGGGAUGGGGAGUGUUCAGAGCCAUAUAUACUGUACAUAAUCAUUUUUUACAGUAGAUGCCUCUGGUUGUGUUUUGAUCAGAAUGUAGCAAAACCAUGUGAAAGCUUGAGGCCUAAAAGUGCAAUUUAACCCCUUUUCAUAGAGCUUUGACUGUGGCCUUGGCACAAGCCUUAUCUGUGAUGUGUGCAACAGGAGAACACUGAAAUGUUAAAGUUCCAAGUCCAAGCAAGAGACAGAAGUUACCAGGCAAAGUAUAAUUACUACAAACCACCUAUCUGACUCUUUCAAAAGUUCUUUCAACUUGGCUAAUACUCGGUGCACACUUAUGUAAAAGGUUUUGUGCAAUCACCCAUUAAAUUGGAUGUUUUUUCCUUUUGUGAUUUGUUGUUUUAAUGCUGCACUUUACCAAGGUAUUACAGUUGUGCAUUUUGUUCCCAUAUGAUGGUACAAAAUACUAGUUUUCAAUGUAGCAAAGAAGUGUUAUUGCCUUGCUACAAGAUGUGUUGAUUAUUUUAUGAGCUGUUUGUGACGAUAGCCUAACCUGUUUUAUUUUGCAUUUAUUUUCAACAUUGUAUUGUGAAAUUAACAUGAAACUUGAUGUGGGAGAUUUGCACAACAUAUUGUCUCCAUUUAUUCUGUUGGGAGUUCCUUCACUGUAUAUAACAGGUUUCACCAAACUGUACUUUUUACCACUGACAAGCAUGGCCAAUAUUUUCAUGAUCCGCAAAGCAUAGGAACAGGAAAAGUGUUAAAAGUUUCAAGAUCUCACAUCUUCACCACACAAAUGAUUUCAGCAUCCCAGUCCUGCCAAAGCUGUGACCUGUAUAGCUUGUAGUAUUUGUACAUUUUAUUUUGACUGUUGGAAGAUAGCAUUUGUGGAGCCGGGGUCACUUUAUUGUAUAUUAUUCCAUCAAUUCGGUUUGAAUUGGACUUUUAUAGGAUAUUAUGCAGAGUCUUCUGCUUUGGUGAAAUAUUUCCAAUUGUAAGAGAUUUCUGUUCUCUGUAACUUGUAUCUGGUAUGUUCCACUUUUCCUAGCUGCUAACUGGUUGGAGAGCAGAGGAGGAAAUGAUGAAUGCAGGCAUAUUCAUUUGGAUGUAGUGAUCAUACGGAGAGCUGUAAUGAGCGGAGGAGGAGCAUUUCUGACACUGUUCCUCUGCACACCUCACUCCUUUUUGGAAAUCAUUGUCCUUAUGAUUAUGCUCUGAUUAUCUUUGGCUGGUAUUUAAACUGUGUGGGUUGCUUUUGCCUGCUUACCCCACUUUGUCCUGCUGCAUUCUUAUCACAAACUGUAUGUUGAGAGAGAGAAAUAAAUAUUUUGUGCUUGA